AUGCCACCUUCCGCUGGCAAGAAGCGCGAGCGAGAUGUAGUCGACGUCGGCGCCUCCGCCGCCGCUACCACUGUGCUGGACGACGACCUUUCGAAUCCGGCGGGGUCGCCUGGGAAUGGGGAAGGGGGACCUGGAGCCGCGUCGACGACCAAUUUUCGUAAUGUGUCGGCGUGUAAUCGGUGUCGGAAUCGAAAGAAUCGCUGCGAUCAGAAAUUGCCCAAGUGCUCGAAUUGCGAAAAGGCGCAGGUGAGGUGUGUGGGCUUUGAUCCGGUUAGCAAGAGGGAGAUUCCGAGGAGUUAUGUAUAUUACCUGGAAACGCGAGUGAACAACCUCGAAGCCCUCCUGGCUUCCAGCAAUAUCCCCUUUCCGCCACCUAGUGAGGACUUCGCCAUCAGUGAGACGAUCAAGCCGGGGAUUAAUGUUCCUUACCCGAUCCAGGAUGAUGAUGGUCCUCCGCCGAAGCCUGUCAAGCGGGAGGCACCCCAAGAUGAUAGGAGUAUGCUGGAUCCCGCUCUCAAGGCCCGCGAUGACAGUGAGAGGCUUGACAAGUUGGUCAACGAUGUUGGUAUGGUUUCAGUGCAAGGCGCUUCGGAUUCACGCUUUCUCGGCUCCACGUCUGGUAUCUCGUUUGCUAGAGUUGUUUUCGCGGCUGUGAAAAGAUCUGUCCAUCAGACGCCGACGCCUUCUGAGAAGGGUGGAUCGAAAGGUUCGAGAGCGCCUUUGAGUGAAGCAUCUGCGGGUGGCACGACGAUGAGGGAUUCGUUCUUUGGACUGCAUUCAAAACCUACAAUCAAGCCUGCGCCUUUCCCGGAGAAGGAGCUGGGGUCCAGAUUGACGGAGCUCUACUUCGAGCAUGCUAAUCCUCAGAUACCUGUCCUGCAUCGGGGGGAGUUCAUGUCACUCUUUGAGCGGGUCUAUGCUACGGAUCCGAAGAAGCGGACUGCGAGAGAGCUGUAUAUGCUGAACAUUGUUUUUGCAAUUGGGUCGGGCAUCAUCAUGGACUCUUCGAAUGUCGAGCAGACUAUGUCAGCGACAGAGACUUCCAAAGAUGGAUCGAGACCGCCGAGCAACAAACGACAGAGACUUGCAAGUCAUCAGCAUCAGCCAGAGGAGUACCACUCAUCGGCGAUCAUUCAUCUCGAAAGCUUCUUAGGAUCUUCGCCUGCUGCUGAAGGCGUGGGUGGCGGACUCGAAGAACUACAAGCUGUACUGCUUCUCGCAGGAUUGGCGUUACUAAGACCCGUUGCACCUGGCUUGUGGUACAUCAUCGGAGUUGCAGUGCGACUGAGCAUCGAUCUUGGACUUCAUUUUGAAGAUAUCGAUCACGAACUCGACACGCGAGCUACUCACCCUGAAGUCGGAGAGCCUCCCUCCAGCGGACUUGGUAGGAAGCAGUGGACUCGAGAUCUAAGGAGAAGACUAUGGUGGUGCGUCUUUAAUCUGGAUAGACUGGUCUCGUCUUGCGUGGGAAGGCCUGUCUCGAUCAACGAAGCCGUCGUCACAGCCGAGUUCCCCAGCUUACUCGAUGAUGUUUAUAUCAAACCGUCAGGCUUCUUAAAGCCUCCAAACACCGAGGAAGUGCCCAGCUACAAGCUCGUCAGUCGGCACUACAUACGAUUGCGAUUACUUCAGUCAGAAAUACUGCAAGUCCUGCAGCAUCGACAAGCUGAUCAGGCUCGUCAAAUGGGUGCUCAUCACAACAAUGGAUUUGUACAGUCAGAUCUCGAAUCGCCCUUCUUGCGCAAAUUCAGAUCAUUCCGUGAGUGGCGUGCAUACAUCGACAUGAAACUGGUGGAGUGGAAGGAGAGCGCACCGCAGCCUUACCAGACAGGAGUGGCGUUUAAUCCGCUCUUCUUAGAACUCAACUACUGGCAGGCAGUGAUUAUGCUCUACAGGCAAUCGUUGUCGGUACCAGAACCCCUUGCGAAUGAGCUCAGCCCUGCGACUGGCGACGAUGUCCAAAGUCCAGGCGCUGUCAACCUUGAAAACGAAGAAGACAAGCAGAUCGUCUUCCUCAAGGUCGCCCAAGCAGGACAGACUGUCCUCAAGAUCUAUCGUCAGCUUCACCGACUGAAGCUCGUCAACUACACGUUCCUCGCAACGCAUCAUCUCUUCAUGAGCGGCAUAUCCUUCCUAUACGCAAUCUGGCAUUCGACCCUUGUCCGCUCACAACUCACGAUUGAUGACGUCGACUUCACCGUCCUGGCUGCGACUUCUGUAUUGAGCGAUCUGUCAGAAACGUGUCCGCCGGCAGAAGCGUGCCGAGAUGCGUUUGUUCGCAUGAGCAAAGCCACCAUAUCCAUGGUAAUGAGCACCACUGGGUUUGGCAAUGCCUCGACGCUGGGGACGCAGCAGCUGAACAACAGUCCAGAAGGCUACUUCGCCGGCCAGAGCAACGUCCGAAGGGCACCGACACAGCCCACGGAACCCAAACGACCCAUGCCCAAGUUUGACAUGAACCUCAAAGACCUCUUCUCCGAGGAAGAGAUCGCGAGCCGCCCUCUAACGCACCAACCCAAGAUCCAGCUCCAGCAGGGUCUCAACAUCCGACCCGAACAACAGCAGCAACAACAACACCCGCCUCCACCGCCCGCCAUGUCCCCCAUCAGCAACCCCCACACCAGCCCCCAGAGCACCGAAGGAGCCUACCCACCCCUCCAACGCACCCCCUCCAACACCAUCUCCUACCAAACCGCCAACCAACAACCCUACCAACCCUUCGCCGACACAAUCUCCCAAGCCCAGCCCGACUUCUCCUUCGACAACCUCGACUUCCUCAACGACUUCCCCGUCUCCGACCCCAACGCGGGAGGUUUCUGGGGUCAUAACAGUAACAAUAGCAACAACAGCAACGCGAACAACACCACCACCGGCGGAAUGCCCGACUUCACCUUCGACAUGGGCUUCGGCGGCGGGAACGGAGCCGCAGGAGGCGGCUUCGAUGGCAGCGGAGCGUGGGAGGCGAAUGGCGAGUUAUUCGAUUCGUUUUUCUUCGGGAGCAGUGGUGGCGCGGCGGGGAAUGGUGGGAGUGGCGGGUGGUGA